AUGUUCAACACAACUCUGAGCCCCUCCACCAACCUCUACGUGAACUCUACCUCCCCUAGUGGCCCCCGUGGGAUCCCACCGUGGUACCAGUUCCACGUGUGCGGUGCGUCCCCCUGGGCCUUCAUCUUCUACUUUGGGGUCAAGGUGUUCAACCUGGCAGUGGGGACGCCCUGUAACGCCCUGGUCAUUUGGCAGAUCGCCUCCAGGAAAAGGGAAGCGUCCACCUCGGACAUCUUCAUCUUCAACCUGGCCAUCUUGGACAUCUACUUCUGCCUCAUGACGCCCGUAGAGAUGGUCAACCGGCUGCUGCUGGACGACAGCCGCAUCUGGUAUUUUCAGAGGUUCUCGUAUGGCGUCAAGGACCUGACGCCACUCUUUCUGGUGUGUAUCUGCCUUGACCGCUACACGGCCGUGGUCCACCCGGUUCUGUUCGCCGGUAUCCGAGACAAUAAGAUCCGCAUCGGCAUUUCCGCGGUGGUCUGGGCCCUCACCCUGGCUUUCGGCCUCACCUCGUCCAUCCUGGGAGUCGGGAGCACCAACGAGGUCUUCGGUGGCGUCAUCCUGUUCGCCUUCGCGGUCAUGGUCUUCUGCAACAUCUCCGUCGUCUGGGUCCUCAGACGCUCGGUGGCGGGAAAAGAGCAGAUGCAUCCGGUGAAGAAGAAGGCCCUCCGGAUGGUGCUGAUCAUCCUGGCCAUCGUCGUGUCCAACUACCUGCCCGUGGCCCUCAUGCCCUUCGUGUCGUACUACACGUUCGUGGUGUUCCACUGCCAGAUCAGCGUCAGCGUGUUCUCCAUCAUGGACUUGAGCAGCAGCAUCGAGCCGCUCGUCUACAUCACCAAGAUGGACCGCGUAGACGGAAGAUGCUGCGGCCGGUGUUUCUCUGAUAAAACGCAUGAUGUCCAGGUGUGA